AUGCAGGAAAACAGCAAGGAUCAGCCACCAUCACUAUCACAACUUUUGCUGGACAAUUACUUGGCUGAGACUGCAGUCCACCACAAACACAGCAGAAUCAACCCAGACACACCUUCCUCACCACAUCUGCUGUAUGGGUCUUUCAGAGGAUCAGCUGAGGACUCUAACGUCCACGAGGAGCUCCAGCUCCCUGAUCUCUCAGCCUUCCUGAGUCAGGAAGAAUUGGAUAAGAGUGUUGAUCUGGCCCGUCAAGCCAUCAGCCAUGAACCCAGUGAGCAAGAGGAGAGUCACAAGCCAUCAUUUGUCCCCUACAUGGGCACAGAUCUCAACUCAACACACAACUCAACUCAAUACGCCCCUGAAAAAAUGGACAUCUUACCAACACUUGAGCCAUUCACACCCGAGAGACAGUCGGUGGAAUCCAUCAAAGAUAAUGGGCUCAGGAUCAGCAGGACGAGCAGAGAUCAGCAUGUGGACUUUAAACGUCCUGUGAGGAACACCCCAUAUGGUUUGGAAACCCAGUCCAAGAAAGAGUUCCUGAAUAAGGCUGCUGAUUUCAUAGAGGAGCUCUCCUCUCUCUUCAAAGCCAACAGCUCCAAGAGGAUAAGACCCCGGGCUUGCAAAGCACACAGUAGACAGAACCAGAACAAAGCACAAGCCAGCAGUGUGUCAACCUCCCUAAAUCUGAAUGACAGGGAAAGGCCUGUCUUUCAUAUCAACCAGCAAUUAGAGCUGACGGAAUUUCAAUCACAGGAUAGCAGGCUGGAAGAGGAACCAUUUAACCCUGUGACAGCGGUCCAGUGUGAGCCUUUGUCAGAAGUAGAGUGUGAAUCAGCAGCGAUAAAGGCCCAGUCUUCAGAGGAGCAGUUGUACGAGCCUCCACACUUCAUUCAGAAACUUAAAAGCAGGGAGGUGCCUGAGGGCAGUAAGGUGCAACUGGACUGUAUUGUACGAGGAAUCCCAACGCCUGAAGUUCGGUGGUUUUGUGAGGGGAAAGAGCUGGAAAACAGCCCUGAUAUUCAGAUUAUCAAUAACGGAGAGCUACACUCACUGGUCAUUGCUGAAGCCUUUGAAGAGGACACAGGGAGAUACUCAUGUUUUGCAUCAAACAUUUGCGGCACCGAUUCCACGUCAGCAGAAAUCUACAUUGAAGGUGCUUCCUCGUCAGAUUCAGAGGCUGAGCAGCAUUUUGAGACACAGAAACACAAGCGAGUUCAACAUACAACAGCUGCUUUACAGUCUGUUGGGUCAGAACCUGGGAACACAGGCUUGACAACACUGCCCACAGAAGUGGUUCCUUCACUGCCCACUGCGCCCGUGCUUACGGUAACUCCGUCUGCCAAAAAUCAGAACAAUUAUCCUCAAGGUUUAGAUGGAAAGCCAAUAAUAGCUGCACCUGUUUUCACAAAGAGCCUUCAGGAUCUAGUGGCUUAUGAGGGACAGCUGGUGGUCCUGGAGUGUCGUGUGAAAGGCGUCCCCUCCCCCAAAGUCCAGUGGUACAGAGAAGGCACAUUUAUAGAGGACUCUCCCGAUUUCCGGAUUUUGCAGAAGAAGCCAAGAUCGACAGCUGAAUCAGAAGAGAUAUGUACUUUGGUGAUCGCUGAGGUUCCAGAAGAUUCUGGAAAGUUCACUUGCACAGCCAGCAAUAAGUAUGGCACAGUCUCCAGCACAGCCUCACUCACAGUGAAAGGAAAUGAAGACAACAGCUUUGCCAAAGUGAUGAACAACCAACAGUGGAGUCCCCUUCUUCACAAGAGCCAGACUGACAGAACCUUAGAUAACCAUCAUAAGUUCUUCUCUGCUGUAACCCUUCCAGAUCCCUCCAGUUCCUGUCUAAAGACCAGACCAGAAGGGGUUCUGGUCAAUCCCAAUGAAUCAAGAGUCAACUCUCGGGUGGGACUCCGUGUGACCUUCAAACUACCUGAGGACGAAGAGGUGGAAGAGGAGAAUGACAUCCCAUGCAGCAAAUCCAGUGAAGACAUAUAUCCAGUAUCAACCAAUAAGGAACCACCUCCAGUACUGGCUAAACCAAAACUAGAUCCUAUGCAGCUUCAGAUUCUCCACAAUCAGGUGCUUUUGGAGCAGCAACAAGGAAACAGUACACAAAACCAUCAGGAACCUUCAUGGUCAGAUGUGGAAAACAUAAAGCCUAUUGUGACUCACAAUACCCUGUGCUUCCAAAAUUCCCUACCAUCCAAGCAUAAAUCCGACCCCCUCGCCCUUGAUAAACCCAAGGCAUACUCCACAACUGAUUGCCUCAACUGUCUCUUUGCUGAGCUCAACCCAGACUCCCUUGCUACAUUGCUUUUGGCCUCCAUCAACCCCAUAUCCCAUUUAAGCAUGGUCUCCCCUCCACCUGUUAACCAGCCCAUUAUAAAUCCCAGCAUCCCUAUGCCCCAGUCCAGUAUAGCACACAGUGCUCCAGUGCUGCAUUUGGGUUCAGAAACAUCUAACCAACUGGGUGUUAAUCCUAAUGCCAGACUGAGUAUGAAUUCCAUGACUCCUUCUACUGAGUUGAACUCCAGCAUCAGCAUAGCACCUUCCACUCAGCUGAACUCCACCUCCAUGCCCCAAAUGAGAAUGGCCUCUGUUUCUCCUUCACCCCCACAGGCUCCAUCUCCAUCCUCCAGCAGUUCCACACCCAGUCCUAUCCAAAACCCAGUGGCUUUCCUGAGCUCAGUCCCUGCCAUCAUUGCCCACUCGCCUCCCACCAAUGCAAUGGGAUUGCCUAUGAGUGCCCCUGCUGUCAUCCUAAGGAAGAAUGCAAAAGGUCUUCGGCCCAUUUCAGAUGAGGAUUCACACGAUGUGAGUGAAUCCCUCCUACAAAACAUUGAGAAAAAACUACGAUUUAAAGAUGAAUCAACGCCAUAUGGACAACAGAAGCUGACUUAUGAGGGCAAAGAAAGCAGACCACUCGGACCAAACAUUCCCACUGCAACAGUCAUUAACUAUGAUGAGGAAUACAAGGUGUCAAACUUUGAGCAGAGGUUGAUGAGUGAGAUUGAGUUCCGUUUGGAGCGCACUCCAGUGGAGGAGUCAGAUGAUGAAAUUCAGCAUGAUGAUAUUCCCAGGGGGAAAUGCAUUGCACCCCUCUUUGACAAGAAGCUAAAGAACUACAGGGCUGUUGAGGGCAUCCCUGUCACAUUCACCUGUAAAGUGGUUGGAAUUCCUAUACCUAAGGUCUACUGGUUUAAAGAUGGAAAACAGAUUCUAAAGAAAAAUGAGCAAUACAAGAAAAUAAGAGAGGGUGAUGGAACAUGCUCUUUACACAUAGAGGCUGUUACCAAUAAUGAUGAUGGUAAUUAUACUGUUAUGGCAGCAAACCCUCAGGGAAGAGCAAGCUGCUCUGGACACCUGAUUGUCCAAGUGGGUCCUGUGCGCAACAGACCAGUGAUACACACCCAGAGGGUGCGCACACGUGUCCAGGAGGUAGAAGGAGAGCCCACUCAGGAGAGAUUUUUUAAACCUCAUUUCCUUCAGGCUCCAGGGGACUUGGUCUCUCAAGAGGGCAGACUCUGUAGGCUAGACUGCAAGGUGAAUGGGUUACCUCACCCAGAACUCAUGUGGCUCCUAAAUGGGAAACCUAUAUAUCCAGAUGUCUGUCAUCGAAUGCUGGUCAGAGAGAAUGGAAUCCACUCCCUGGUUAUUGACCCACUCACACAGAAUGAUGCUGGCAUGUACACAUGCAUUGCUACAAACAAAGCUGGGCAAAAUUCAUUCAGCCUUGAACUCAAAGUUGUUGAGAGAGAGAACAAACAACCCCCUCAGUUUGUGGAGAAGCUCCAGAACACAGGCAUUGCAGAGGGUCUCCCCAUCCGCCUGGAGUGCAGGAUAGUGGGUAUGCCCCCACCUGUGAUUUACUGGAAAAAAGACAAUGACACCAUAACCCAAUCUAAGGACAGGUUCAGCAUACACCAGGAUGCCACAGGAUAUGUCUGCCUCCUGAUUCAACCAACCAGGAAAGAGGAUGCUGGCUGGUACACAGUUUCAGCAAAAAAUGAAGCAGGAAUCAUAUCGUGCACGGCCAGACUUGAUAUAUAUGCCCAGUGGCACCAGCAGAUCCAUCAGCCAAUAAAGAAACUCUCACAGUCUGGAGGUUCUUAUGCAACGUUUGGUGGUCAUGGCCUGGACAUAAAAUCUGCUUUCCCUUCAACUGACAUCAUGUUCUCCAGCUCUGCACAGGAGGCGACCCCAGAGAGUGAAGAGCUGUGA